CCCACUGAUAGCGGGCACUUACUCACCUUUCCCUAGAGAGUAUAUAUACACACACAACCAACCUAAUGCCUCUCAGCUGGUCUCUCUGCAUAAAGAUAUCACAUCAACAAAGAAGGGGGAAAACCAGGUAAGAGAGGAAUUCUUUGCUAUGGAUAUUAGCCAACUUUACAGCCAGGACUUGCUGGUGCUUGGGAAAGGAUGCUUGCCUAGGACCUGAACAUAAAUGGGGAGAUAUUUAGGAGGGUCUGCAUGAAGCUGUUCUAUGACAUCCCAGCACAACUUGGUGCAUUCACCUACAGGGGACUCUUCCAGGGUGCGCAACCCAUUUCUGUGGUUUGCUGCUAGGAGCGUUGAGCUACACAGUCUUCUUACACAAACAUCCUAGAACAUGCCCGGCACCCACCUGGUAGCUCUGCAUGGCCAGAGGUGAUCAGGAGAGGAAGGCAAGCUGUCUUUGCAACAUCCUCCCUCCUCCAGGCCAUGAUGGGCAUAAUGUGGAACCACGGGGCUGCCCCAUUCACUCGCAAUACCACUGGUUCGCUGUGUACAGUCACACUUUUCUUCAGUCCCUGUUAGCUUGUUUUCUCCUGCUCCGGAAGAUAGGACUUGAACCAAUCACUUCAAGUUACAAGAAAGGAGAUUCUGACUAAACAUCAGAAUGAACUUUUAAGAGCUGUUCUACCAUGGAAUGGACUCCCUUGGAAGGUGGUGGACUUUCCUUCCUUGGAGGUUUUUUUAAGCAGAGGUUGGGUGGCCCUCUGUAAUGCAUGCUUUAAUUGAGAUUCCUGCAUUGUAGGGGGUUAGACUGGACGAUGAUUCUAUGAACUGAUCGUCCUGAUUGGUAUUUUAUUUACCAUGGACAUUGCCACCUUAGAUUUCCACUAAAGGAAGGAAGGAAGGAAGGAAGGAAGGAAGGAAGGAAGGAAGGAAGGAAGGAAGGAAGAAAGAAAGAAAGAAAGAAAGAAAGAAAGAAAGAAAGAAAGAAAGAAAGAAGUGGGGUGUGUGUGUUGUACUUCUGCAAACCUUACAGUUCCCACGAGCAUUCUGAUAUUUGCCUGUUGUUUCUCAGUGGACUUGUUUUGGUCAACAUAGUUUUCAGCCCCCACCAGUUGAGUUUCCUAUUAGAGGAGGUCACCAAGCUUUUAGCACCUGUAGGUGGACUUGCAAAUCAGGGAAACUGUUGUGUGCAGCACACACACGCAGCAGCCUAUUGGCUACUCGAUAGCCACCUCCAAAACUGAAAAAUCGGUGGAAUUUUGAUAUCGGUGGUUGAAAUCAGUGCAGUUUUGAAAGGUUCAAUCUUCUAUCUUGAUUCAAAAUGGCAUCCAGUCGUAUUCAAAUAUAGUUCAAAACUUGCCUCUUGAUCUCAGUUACCAUUUUGUAAAAUUGAGUUAAAGUCAAUGCAAUUUUGACAAGCUUCAGUCCACCCUCUCGAUUCCAAAUGGUCUCCAAUUGCAUCCAAAUGAAAACUUGAUUCCUGUUCUUGGGCACCAUCAUGAAAGAAAAAUGUUUGCAAUAUCUUAAGAGGUGUCCAAAUGCACAGUGAACAGGGAAACAACUUCCCCUUAAAAAAAUGUUUCUUUCAAGUCUAAUUUCAGUGGGGAGGGGGAGGUGAAUCUGUGGGAACCAGGAAAGGUCUCCAAUCUGAAUAGCUUUAAAAGGUGAGGGGUAGAUAAACCAAUGGUGGAUGACUAUCAGUGGCUACUAGUCAUGAUGACUACAUUAUCACCAGUAUAUGAGGUAGCAUGCCUCUCAAUUCCAGCAUUUGGUGAUUCUGAGCAGGAGAAACAACAACAACUUAUUAUUUAUACCCUGCCCAUCUGGCUGGGUUUCCCCAGCCACUCUGGGUGGCUCCCAACAGAAUAUUAAAAACAUGAUAAAACAUCAAACAUUAAAAACUUCCCUAAACAGGGCUGACUUCAGAUGUCUUCUAAAAGUCAGAUAGUUGUUUAUUUCCUUGACAUCUGAUGGGAGGAUGUUCCACAUGGCGGGUGCCACCACCAAGAAGGCCCUCUGUCUGGUUCCUUGUAACCUCACCUCUCGCAGUGAGGGAACCACCAGAAGGCCCUCAGAACUGGACCUCAGUGUCCAAGCUGAACAAUGGGGGUGGAGAUGCUCUUUCAGGUAUACUGGGGCAAGACCGUGCUGUUGCAGUCAUGUUCUGUUUAUCUGGGAUUCCCACAGGUACCUUGCCAGCCACUGUGAGGACAAAAUGUUGGACUAGAUGGGCUUUUGGUCUAUCAGGGGUCUAUACAUUUUCUGAAUGACAACCCUUCAUCAAGACACUAUCCUGUUCUUCCAGUUCUUCUAACACUUCCUCAUAGGACUUGGGGUUGUAGCUGGUGUUACUUCUUCUCCAAGUGUGCCCAUUGAAAUCUAUGGACAUGGCUUUGUUCCAUUACUUUCAAUGGGUAUACUCUGAGUAGAACUUAGUUGGAUGCAACCCUCGGUUUCCAGACCUCUCAACCACCCUGGUCACCCUCCUUUAGACACACUUUAUUUUGUUAGUCCUCCUUAGAAUGUGAACCACUGUUAAAGACCCAACACACUUAUGUAUAAAUGCAUGUGGAUGAAUACCAAGGUACCAUGCAGUGCGCACUCCACUUUCUCAUGCUCUGCGGUUGCCCAUGUACUGCUGAUAACACUAUUGAUAGCCGUAUGUUUGCCUAAUGUGUCUAAAAAGAACAAACGCCUUCCUUGUUUUAAAUGACAUCAGGGUAACCUACGGUACAGUAAAUGAUGUUAGUAGCUCACAGCAGUGAGUGGAGAACUCUCACUGGUCGGUCAUGGGUUUUGGCAAUGACAUCACUGAGAGUGUUAGAGCACUGAGGUGGGCUCAGUUUCCACUGAAAUAACCAUCCCAGUGGGAAGAUGUCAGGGGGAACAAGGCAAAAUAUAUUUUUUUGGGCCCCAUCCUCUGUUGGGGUGUAGUGCUGCAAGGCAGCAGCAGUGCUCCAAUUGCAGGUGAAGGGAAUCUUCGGCACUCCAGAUGCAGCUGAACUACAACUCCCAUCAGCCUCAGGAAGGUUGGCCAAUGGUCAGGGCUGACUGGCGUUCAGCAACAUCCGGAGGCCAAAAGUCCCCCAUACCUGAUGCAAUACAACCUUUUGUUGAAGACUCCACUUAGCUUUUAAAAUACAGUGCAUCUGACAAACGCAAGGACUGUGAAACCCAAGGUUGGCAGUAGGUGUUUGUUUGAGAAAUCUUGGGAGGAUUCAUUGGUGCUGCACAAAACAGCGUUAUGGGCUUGACAUCAAGCCCAAGCCUUAUGAGUAACAGUUGAAGGAGGUUGAAGGUAGAACUUUCUGACAGUAAAAGCUGUUCAAGAGUGGAAUGGACUCCCUUGGAAGGUUGUGGACUCUCCUUCCUUGGAAGUUUUAAGCAGAGGUUGGAUGGCCAUCUGUCAUGGCUGCUUUAGUUGAGAUUCCUUCAUUGCAGGGAAUUGGACUAGAUGACCUAAUGUACCUUCCACUCUACAGUUCUAUGAUUCAACAUUUGUCCUCAGAGGGGUGCAAAUCCCUUUGUUUGGACACCCUCCUCUUUCUUAUCAAAGGUUUCUUAUCCACGACCCACCCUGAAAUCCAGCGACCUGGUUUCCCUGAAAGAGAGUUCCAUAUCAGCUUAUGAGUACGGUAGACACGCCAGUCCUGAUAAAGGAUAAAAUGCCAACAUCACAGUACCAUUCACUGCCUCCCUCCAGUCUCUGCUUCUCUUAUAAGAACACAAGAAGUCUCUGCUACAUCAGGCCAAUGGCCCAUCAAGCCCACCAUCUAAUUCUCACAGAGCUACGCAGGUUCCAAUGAGAAGCCUGCAAGCAGGACAAUAGUACUCUCCCCUCCCGUGGCUUCCAGAACCUGAUAUCCAGAAGCAUUACUGUCUUAGACCAUGGAGGCAGAGCAUAGCCUUAUAUUCCAUGAAUUUGUCCAAUCCUCUUUGAAGGCCACCCAAGUUGGUGGCUAUCAUGACCUCCCAGGGAAGUAAAUUCCAUAGAAUGUGCUUUCACCUGUCCCGAAUCUUCCAACUUUCCAUUGGAUGUCUAUGAAUUCUAGUGUUAUAAGAGAGGGAUAAAAGGUUUCCUCUAUCCACUCUCUCCAUGCUAUCUACCCCCAGCUUCAUUGCUACCCCUCAUUUCAGAUGACCAUCAUACCCAGCUAUGGCAGCUUUGAAUGUCUUCCUUUUCCCUUGGCCUGCUUGCCAUCCAUUCUUGCCAUCUCCGUUACAUGGUUUUCAGCUGAAAUGUUCUCCCCCCCCCUCCCAGAGAGAUGUGUUUGCUAUGCGGGUGUGACCCUCCUCUUGCUCUCAGGUGCUGUGUGUCCACAGAAGGCACAUUCUCCUUGCAUACGCACUCCUCGCAGCACACGCCCUGGGGUCCUGCCCCAAAUUGUUUAGCAAAGAGGGCAGGACAGUCCUUUGUCUACUGGCCUUGCCCAGAUAUUCCCUUGGGUGGGAGCAAAUGGGAUUGCUAUCUGAAAUAUUGUCACACAAACCGCAGGGAGCAGUUAACUAUUAGUGACGGAAAUUCACCUGCAUUUUAGAGUGACUUUCUUCUAAUAUGCACAUAUUUCAGUGCAAUUUUGUCCGAUACACCUAUUUGUGCUAAUGCAUUUUCGUUCAUUAUUUUCACUAAUAGAUACAUUUUAAUGCACAUUUUGCCAUAGUACCCUAGCAGUGUCUAGGCUAAGGUCCAAGGUAUCUUAAAGACUCUAUUCUGUCAUAUGAACCUGCCUGGGUUUUGAGGUCUUCAGAGGAGGCCCUUUUCUCAGUCCUGCUACUCUCACAGCAGUCUUGGUGGGGACACAGAAGAGGGCCUUCUUGGUGGCUGCUCCCAGACUUUGGAACUCCCUCCCUAGAGGAGUGAGACUCCCUCCCUCCUUAUUUUCCUUCUGCUGGCAGGUGAAGACCUUCUUGUUCCAACAGGCCUUUGGGAAUUUACUGCUUUUAAUUAAAGAGCUGGUGCUCUGCUGUUUUUAUUGUAAUUAUUUGUAUUGUUUUAAUAGAUUAUGUAUAUAUAGAGAGAGAGUAUUAAUUCUAUCAGUGCUUAAUUUUUUAACGUUUUUAGCAAUUCCUAUUUUUAUCUAUAACCCACCUUGAGUUCCUGUUAGGGAAAAGUGUGGGGUAUGUACAUUGCUGUCAACUUUUCCUUUUUCUUGCGAGGAAUCCUAUUUGGAAUAAGGGAAUUUCCCUUUAAAAAAGGGAAAUGUUGACAGCUAUGGGUAUGAAUAAAUAUGUAAUAUUAGUAAUAACAUCUGGAGGUCACACCUGCAGUAAAGCUUUAAUAUGGAGAGACCAAGGGGGUGAAAAACAAUACAUUUUUGCAAAUUUAUUUACCCCAAAUAGGGAUGGGGACCCUGUGGGCCUUCAAAUGCUGUUAGACUCCAAAUACCACCAGCUCAAGCUGGCAUGGCCCAAAGUCAGGGAUGAUGGGAGUUGUUGUCCUGCCUGGGAGACCAGGGUUCAAAUCUCCCUAUGGUCAUGAAGCUGACUGGAUAACUUUGAGUCAGCCACUGUCUUUCAACCUAUCCUACCUCAAAGAGUUGUUGUGAGGAUGAAACAUGAAGAGGGAGAACAAUCUGUGUCACUUUGAGCUUCCUUGGAGGAAAGGUGGGAUAGAAAUGUAACAAUAAAAUUAAACAAAUAAAUAAAGAGCUGUCCUCCAUCCCUGAUGUAUAUUAUCAUGGGUUAUUUUGGAGGCAGGUCAAGAUUGGAAAGAAAAAAGGAGAAUGUCAUCCUCAUUACUGCUUCAGGCGGCAAAAUGCUUUGACCCAGGUCUGCUAGGGAGAGACUUCAAAAAUACAAAACCAAAACCAUUGGAACUCACAACCACAUGACACACGAGAGUGCCAUUUGUCCAGCUGUAACCACCAUAUGUUGAUUAUUGCUUGCUUUUUUAAAAAAUUAAAAAUAAAAUCUCCCAUCAUUUUGGUAUUGCAGUUGCAGAAACCUCCUCUGUGGGAUAUUUUUCUUCCAUUGACACCAGAAAACUUCAGUUCCCAGAAUCAUGAAGUUGUUUCUUCUCUAUCUUUUUGCUGCCUUGAUAGCUGCAGGUGAGUUGAGUCAUAUUACUGAAACCUGGUGGGAUGAAACUCAUGUCUGAAGGUAGCAACUGAGAUGUAUAACUUGUUCAAAAUGCAUAGAUCAAACAGGAAGGAAGGAGGAGUAGCAUUAUAUGUAAAGGAUGUGUACACUUGUGAAGAAAUCCAUGACCUGGAGCAUGGAAAGCUGGUAGAGAGUAUAGGAGUAAAAAUUGUAGCAGAGAGAAAUAGUGACCUUACUGUGAAGGGUCUGCUAUAGACUGCCAAGCCAGACAUGGACGAUAUCUUCCUAGAGCAGAUUACCAAACAUUCACAAAGGAGAGAUAUAGUAGUCAUGGGAGGAGACAGCCUGGAGAUACAGUAGAGGCUCAAAAGGCUUCAGUCUGCGAUCAGCCUUUGUCAGAAGAAGCUGCUCAUUGGGAUCUGUCCACGGUCCUGAAGCUACAUUCUCUGUGGAGUCUGUCAUUGGACCAGAACACAACAGUAGAGUCCUGUUGCAGCCAAUAGACAAUGGCCACACAUCUAAACUGCUUUGAUAAAACUUUAAACAGCCACGGCUUUGCCCCAAGAAUCUUGGGAGCUGUAGUUUGGUAAGGGUGCAGAGUGUUUUUAGGAGAGGCCCCCCAUUCCCCUUCCAGAGUGGUUUAACAAUCAAUCCAGCAUAGCUGUGUGAGGGCAACAGGAGCCUCCUAACAACUUUCAGCACCCUUUGCAAACUGCAGAAUUCUUUGAGGGGAAGUCGUAUCACAACACUAUAAAUUCAUGGAGUUAAUGAGGCGUACGUUGUGCUGUUGUGAUUGGGUGUGGCGACUGCAGCAGUGUCUCUGGCACAGCAGUUGGUCCCUUACCUUUCCCGCCCCGACCUGGCCACAGUGAUCCAUGCGACAGUCAUCUCCAGGCUUGACUACUGUAAUUCGCUCUAUGUGGGGCUGCCCUUGAAGCUGUCCCAGAAACUCCAGCGGGUGCAGAAUGCUGCAGCGAGGCUCCUCACGGGGUCUCUGCCAUGGGAGCAUAUUCACCCAGUGCUUUUCAAGCUGCACUGGAUCCCGGUGGAGUACAGGAUCAAAUUUAAGGUGCUGCUUUUGACCUUUAAAGCCCUUCACGGCCUACUACCCUCGUACCUAUGGGACCGCCUCUCCCGGUAUGCCCCAUGGAGAGCCUCAAGGUCCAUAAAUAGCAACACCUUAGUGGUCCCGGGCCCUAAGGAAGUUAGAUUGGCUUCAACCAGAGCCAGGGCCUUUUCAACUCUGGCUCCGGUCUGGUGGAACGCUCUGCCUCAUGAGACCAGGGCCCUGCAGGAUCUGAUUUCUUUCCGCAGGGCCUGUAAGACAGAGUUGUUCCGCCUGGCCUUUGGCUUGGAGCCAAUUUGAUUCCCUCCCUCUCUUUCUUUUUUCUUUUCCUUCUCCUCCUGCAAUGAGGCUACACUUUAAUAUUUUAAUGUUUCAAUAUUUUAAUGUUGUAUUUUUAAUUUUGUUUUUAAGUUGUAAUCAUUUAACUUGUUUUUAUUAUUGCUUGUAGGCCGCUCUGAGCCCGGCCUUGGCUGGGGAGGGCGGGGUACAAAUAAAAAUUAUUAUUAUUAUUAUUAUUAUUAUUAUUAUUAUUAUUAUUAUCCUGAAUUCCUCAGAGGAAGGUUGGGAUUAGAAAAUAAAGCAUAAACAAAAGAAAUAAGAACCAGUGUUGCUCAUCAUCAUGGUAGUUGCGAUUGUUUACUGUUUUCAAUGUUAUUAUUUUCCCCCCAGCAAACUCCCUGGACUGUGACUGUAUUGCUGAUGGAAAAGAGUGUCCAAGCAAAGUUUGUACAGUUGAUGAUACUGGAGGAUCCUGCAUUUCAGCAGCAUGGAAUUAUACAAAGAGUAGGUAGAUGUGUCCCUGGGGACAUUUCCAGAAAACACUAACAGAAGCCUUUCUAGAAACCUAAUUAAAAGGUGUGUGCGGGGGGGCGGGGAGGAGGAAUGCAGCCAUGAUCAUUAUGAAUCUGAAGAACACAUCAAAUGCCAAUUGCACUGUCUGAAUAGUGCAAACCCACCAGCAUAUUACAGAUGGAAUCAGUUACACUAUCAAGAACUUGGUUGUGUUUACACGAAAGAUCACUGCUGACCACAAGUGUGAAUACACCAGUGCUUGAUUAUGUGCAUUUGUGGUACAUUUUAAUGAAGGGGUGGGUAAAUCUCAGGUCUAGGGGCCAAGGGCAGCCCUCUUUUUCUGGCCUUCCACUCUCUUCCCAGGCCCCACUCAUCCUGCCCAGGCAACACCCCUCACCGGUCCUCCUCCAUGCCCUCUUCAGUUUGGAAGCACCCUUGAACUUGUUUGCCUGGAGGUAGAACAAUGUGUGUAGACCCCCCUGACUUUUGCAUGGCUGGAAUCUAGCCUAGGGCACAAAGAUACGAGUCACAUUUGCAGCUCUGCCCACUUUUACCCCUGGUCCCUCCCACCCCUAGCACUUGUCAGUGAUAGACUGCGACCCUCAGGCUGAAAAGGUUUUUCCUCCCCUGCUUUAAUGGAUGAGUGAUAUUGUUUUGGUCAUUGGUUUUAACACGUUAUUUUUUAUCUCCCUAACUCCCUUCUAUUUCCUUCCCCCUUUUUUGAAACACAAGAUUCCAAAGCAAUCCCUGUUAGCUUCCAAGGCUGUGAAAGCAACAAGACCAGUUUCGAUGCAUGCAAAGAGGGGGACUUAUUCUUCACAGCUGGGAAAAAUUUUACGUGGAACUCUGUAUGCUGCAAUAAGACAAAAUGCAAUAGUCAUCUACCUGAAGGUAUGUGGGGUCCAGAACUGAUUAAGGCUGAGUAGGAGUCUCAGAAAUGAGUAUAUCAAAAAUUUUUUCAUAUCCCAGGAAUCCUAACAGAAGGGCAAUAGGGAAGUUAUUUACGCUGCAUACUAAGUAAGUGAAAUUGAGGAUGAAGCACCCAUAAAAAAAUUUAAGAGCUUUCUUGUAUUGAUGAUUGUGAAUAGACCUAUUGCCCUGGCUUUGCACAACCUGAUGAAAGGACAUGCUGUUCAUUAAUGGCUGCAAGAGUUAUUUAGAAUUACAGAUUGUCAAAUUUUGGUUGUGCCUUAUUUUUUGGUCACUUUGAAAUCUUAUUCCCUCCUUUGAGAUUCCUGAAAGGUGGGGGAAGUUAUUACACAACACUGUGUAGGGAAUGAUUUGUAUGGGAUGCACAAUCUCUGCUGUUCUAUAUGUCACAGUGUUGCAUCUUUGCUGCUUUUGGGACAAAUUUAGAAAACAAAAUUAAUUCUAACAAUAAUAAACAAUAGUAAUGAUAAUGAUAUACUGCAGACACACUAAUUUAUGCAAGCAUCCCCUCGACUUUAGCCUUCUGUUUUGAAUGUUGUGUUAUCUUAAAGGGAUUGCGUUUUUUAUCACAUAUAUUAAUGAUACAGGUAUAUUUCCUUAAUGUCAUUACUGGGAUUGCCAAAUUGUAUAUUUUGAUCGAGGAUGUUAACAUUUUAAUGCUUUGCAUGACUGGCUUCCAUUCUCCGUGCACUAUUAUGGCAUUAGGCAGUAUGUAAAUUGAUAAAUUGCCACAAGAAGAAGAACAGAAAAGGAAGCAAGGUGGAGUAAGACUGAAUCGAAACUGCUAUUUGGGGAGAGAAAGUCCAUCUGGCCACCAACUUUUCUCCUCUAGAGUGCAUGGAUAAUGAUUCUGUAGUGUGAUGGACAUAAGAGGCUGGCUUAAGCUGUAGGGUUCAUAUAGCUCUGUAGGGUUCAUCUAGCUCAGUGUUGUCUACUGGGGCGGUAGGCAUCAACUCCUAGCGCCCAGCUCUUUUGAGCCCUCCAAAUUAUUAUUUUUUGGGGAGGAGGGCAGCCUCCCAAUGUUUAGAACCAUUAGGCGGGAGGAGGCCAAGUAUGGAGCUGUGUAAAUUCAGUGGUCGGCUCCUCCUGCUGCUGUGCAGGGGAAGGAGUGAGAAAGCAGCCCCCGGCCAGUGGUGGUGGCAGGAGGAGGAAGAGGAGGUUGAUUGUGGAGCCGAGCAUGGCACAGCUUCAGUGGCUGCUCCCCCUCCUGCCACUGCCACGUAAGGGAAAGACGUGCAGCUCCCAACCUGUGGCAUCAGCAAGAGACGGAGGAGACUGGGUGCGAGAUAGGAGGAGAUGCGGGCCUUCUCGGUAGUGGCCCUGCCCUGUGAAACGCUCUCCCAUCAGAUGUCAAGGAAAUAAACAACUUUUAUAAGACAUCUGAAGGCUCUUUAAUGUUUGAAGUCUUUAAUGUUUGAAGUCGUAUUCUGUUUUUACUGGAAGCUGCCCAGAGUGGCUGGGAAGAUCCAGCCAAAUGGGCAGGGUAUAAAUAAAUUAUUAUUAUUAUUAUUAUUAUUAUUAUUAUUAAUUAUUGCUGCACCGCUGCCACAUUUGGCUCCUGCUGCUGCUGCUGCCACCCUGUCUCCUCCUGACAUCCUGAUGUCAUGCGGUGUCCCAACACUAUGUGUGCAUCAUCCCCACCCGCCAAUCUUCUCUGCAAGUUGGCAACUCUGGGUGGGGCUUUGGCUGGCAGAAACUCCCCAAGGUUUCAGAGUAGGGACAUCUCCAGCUCUGCUUGGAGAGGUCGGGACCUUCUGCAUACAAAACUGGUGCUCUACCAUUCAGUUUGCCCACAAAACAAUGGAGGGUCCUGUGGCACCAUAAUAUAGGAACAUAGAACAUAGGAAGAUGCAUUUCACUGACUCAGAUUACUGGUCCAUCAUGAUCUUGCUCAGUGUUGUCUAUACUGACCGGCAAUGGCUCCCCAGGAUUUCAGACAAGGCUGUCUCCCUGCCCCAUGCAGCACAGAUGUUCUACGACUGAGCUCUGGCUCUUAGUAACAUCGGGCAGGACUGGCUCAAGGCAAUUUACUAAGGGGUGAUAUGAUAGCCAUGUUCAAAUAUAUAAAAGGAUCUCACAUAGAGGAGGGAGAAAGGUUGUUUUCUGCUGCUCCAGAGAAACGGACACAGAGCAAUGGAUCCAAACUACAAGAAAGAAGAUUCCACCUAAACAUUAGGAAGAACUUCCUGACAGUAAGAGCUGUUCGACAGUGGAAUUUGCUGCCAAGGAGUGUGGUGGAGUCUCCAUCUUUGGAGGUCUUUAAGCAGAGGCUUGACAACCAUAUGUCAGGAGUGCUCUGAUGGUGUUUCCUGCUUGGCAGGGGGUUGGACUCGAUGGCCCUUGUGGUCUCUUCCAACUCUAUGAUUCUAUGAUUCUAUGAUUCUAUACUGCCUGCCCUGAGGGACAAUAUUGUCCCCCGCCCCCCUCAUUCCAAAUAGGCACACAAGAAGAGCCUGUUGGAUCAGGUCAAUGACCCAGCUAGUCUAGCAUCCUAUUCUCACAGUAGCCAACCAGAUGCAUGUGAAAAGCCAACAAGCAGGACCGAAGUGCCACACUUGUGAUUCGCACCACCAGUGGAGAUAGAAUGAUCUCACUUCAGCCCUGCAGACCAGGUAGCAUCCUCCACUGCAACUGAGGGCAGCACCCUAGCUGAGGGAGCACAGGGCAAGUGAAAUGGUACACACAGUUCUGUUGCUCAGCAUCUCCUGGCCGCUCACUGCAGCUCCUGCCUGAGGCAACUGUCUUGCUCUGUCUCAUGGGAAGGCUGCCCACCAGUAGGGGAACCAUAUGCAUUGGUUAAAAUAGUUCUUGUUUAUUAAAACAACCACAACCCAAGGAAGUGGAAGGCCUGGACCGUUCAGAAAAUAUUUGAUGCCCACCCCACACCAAAUUGAGAAAUUCCAUGCCUUUUCCAUUUUCCCCAACUACAAAAGGGGAGGGUUGUUGUUGUGGUUUUUGUUUCUGCAGAGUGCUUUCCCCUCCAGUUCAGCAGUAUGUUUCAUCACUCAUUUCAUCACUGUUGCAGUAAACACCAACGUCACCAGGAAGGUGUGUCCCACAUGCUUCGUUUUCAGCUCUAAGCCCUGCCAUGGUGACAAGACAAACUGUACUGGAUCCCAAGACUACUGCCUGACCAUUUCUGGGACUUACCAAGGUAAAUGAGAAUGCGGUAUGCUGAAUGAGGUUUUUUCAUAUUCUUUGCAUAUUAAUCCCAAGGAGUUUAGCUUCUCCCCUAUUCUCUUGGCAGUUCUAUGGUGAGGGGCUGGAAGAGAAUAACUGACCCAAGUCCAGUUCUUUCAACCCAUACCUUAAGCAGGUCCUCAUAAGUACUGCACCAAACUGACUCUACAAUGGAGGAAUUUAGGCUUAUCCACAGGUGAACUCUGUGCUAAACCCUUGUUCUACAUCAAAGCAAGCCCUCCUGGUUAGGGAUGGACAAGCCCAUGAAUUGCAGUUUCUCUCAGUUUUCAAUUUUACCCUUCUUAAGUUCAGUCACAUUCUGCAUCAGUUUGUGAUUGGAAAAAAUAAUACUCAUUGAAAUGGAUGUGAGCAACUUAGACCCAGUAGUUUCAGUGAGCUCAUUCCAAGCAGAACUUGGCUGGAGACAACCCUUUGCUCCUAGAGCGGGUAGAAGCAAAGGAGACCCAAUUGCUCAAAUGCAGCCACCCAUCAUUUUAGCUUCCCAGACGUAGCCCUUAAAUGGAGCAAAAAUGCAGAAACAAAUGUCAGUUUAAAACACUUGCAGCUUUCCAUCUAGAGACAGUCCCUAAAGCUAAAGACUUAUGUUAGAAUUUGCUGUUUCCUCAGCCCAAUGUGUCUUUCUUUUGUAUCCUGAGACCCAGCAUGAUCUCCUCAAGUUUCAUUUGGUUCCCAAACAUAUCCUUCAACUCCCUUGGUUCCAAAUCCACAAAACUACUUGGGUCUGAGUCCCAACUGCAGACUUUGCCCAUGCACAAUUUGACCACCUAUUCCUUCCCUGUACAGGCUGGGUUUAAACAAGUUAACCCCCCAAUUUUUAUUUUUCACAACUGUCAAUUUCCUUCACAGCAGGGAUGAUACUAUUUCUUUCCUGCAUUGUCCUUUUGCAGAUUCUACAGUUUCAUCUCAGGACUUCUAUGGGCAAGGCUGUGCUACUCAAUCAGCAAAAAUCCUUGUCAAGGGCACCAACGUGACCUUUGGAGAGGUGAAAAUCUCGAUCGCCACCAGUGACAUAAAGAAAGCAACUGAUGGAGCCAGCCUGGUACAUGGGAGCAUUGCUUUCACCGUUCUCCUGCCCUAUCUCCUUGGGCUCCUGCUGGACAAAUUCCUUUACUAAUUUCAUUUGGUUCAAGGUGCCUUCCUCAGCAAAGCUGGGAAAAGCAUCUCCAAUGCACCAUUCCCAGAAGUUCAGGCUCCAGCAUCUGCUAAUGUCUAUUUGCAGGCUUGCAUGUGAUUUCAAAGAGCAAAUUAGUUAAAUAAAGGGGGAUCCUAAUGCACCCGUCUUUGUGUGUAUGUUUGUGUAUGUGUGGUGUGCAUGCACCCCUGUGUGCAUGAAAAUGUGUAAGUUGGGAAUCUAUUUGCCUGAGGGAUGAUGAAUGUGUCAUUGGCCCUCCAGAUGCUGUUGGAUGUCCAUCAGACCCAGCCAGUAUAGUCAAUGAUCAUGAAUGAUGUGAACUGUGUCUAACCACAUCUGGAGGGCUGUAGACACCCCAUCCCUGCAUUACAGAAACAUUAUGCCUCUCUACUCCAAAGGGAGUCUCAUUGGGUUGCUUGGGAUUUGCUCCCAGGUAAGUGUGCACAGGAUUGCCCUGUUAGCUCUUUAAGUAAAUACAUUUUAACUGAUUUUAACUGAUCAACUCAAAGUUGCAUAGAUUUGCAUGUAUAGUGGUACCUUGGGUUAAGAACUUAAUUUGUUCUGGAGGUCCGUACUUAACCUGAAACUGUUCUUAAGCUGAGGUACCACUUUAGCUAAUGGGGCCUCCUGCUGCCGCUGUGCCACCGCCCCACGAUUUCUGUUCUCAUCCUGAAGCAAAGUUCUGAACCUGAGGUACUAUUUCUGGGUUAGUGGAGUCGGUAACCCGAAGCAUCUGUAGCCUGAAGCAUAUGUAACCUGAGGUACCACUGUAGCUAGAACAACACUUUCAAAAGGUGGAUCAUAUUUUAGUUGUUUUUUUAGAUGGCAUGCUUCAGGAGUCACCAACUUGAAGCACUUGGGCUCACAGGCCUUCCCUGGCUCCCACAGAGCUCCCCCCCGCUUCUGAAAUUUUGCUUGAUUUAUUUUUUUUGCUGUUGUAGCAAAUGUUGCAGGGUAUGUGAGGUGCUCACAGUACUUUCUCCAAUUUGCAAAUGUGCCCAUUGACCCCCAAAUGAUGGUGAUGUUUAAUGUGCAUGUGCAUGCACACACACACACACACACACAAACAUAUACCAGUUGCAGCAGGUGCCAACUUAGAAGAGGCAUCCCUCCCAAACGAAGCAAAGGGAAGAUGCUUCUUCUAAGACGCUGGCUGCCAGCUGCAGUUUUUAUAAUUACUUCUAUCAAAAAUAAUUCUUUUAAAUAAAUGAAUGAAUGCAUCCUUAGAUUAACUGGGCAGGCUUUUUUUAAAAAAGGCAAUUUAAAAGGUAUUUUAAUCAGUUAAUGUAGUGAAUUGGUCAAUGAAAUGAAAUGUAUUGUGAUUUCUUCUGAAAUCAUGCUUUGCAGAUGGAAGGUUUUAUGCUCAAUCUGCAGCUAACAGACCCUGUGUACCAAGAUCCAUGGUACCACUGUGGUGGGAAGGUAAACGGCGUUUCUGUGCACUCUGGCUUCCAUCACAGUGUUCUGUUGUGCCAGAAGCGGUUUAGUCAUGCUGGCCAGAUGACCCAGAAAGCUGCCUGUGGACAAAUGCGGGCUCCCUCGGCCUGAAAGCCAGAUGAGCACCACAACCCCAUAGUCACCUUUGACUGGACUUAAUCGUCCAGGGGUCCUUUACCUUACCUUUACCAGGACCAGGAAUGAAUCUCUGCUUUGAGACCUCAGAGAGGACCUGUCAAUCAAAAAAGCACAUGGAGAGAAGGACUAAUGAUCUGACUUGACAUAUAUGAGUUUUGCAUGUGUGCUUUUUAGAAUUAAACAAAUCUCACUUGAAUGUUUCCCUUUUUAAAAACUACUUAGAAUCAUAGAAUCAUAGUGUUGGGAGGGACCCUAAGGAUUCAUUUACCCCAACCCCUGCCGUGCAAACAAUAAUCAUGGUUGUGCAAUCUUAUGGGCACUUACUUUUUAAGGAAAGUCCUGUUGAAACAGAGACAGCAUAGGAACAGUCACCAGAAAAGACUUCCGGGGUGGCGCCAUCGGCAAUGGCGGACUCCCUCUGAACUGGAGGGACCAGCUCCGCAUGAAACGGGUCUUUUCCGCUACGGCGAAGCGGGGACCCUUCUGGAAAUCACAGGCGGAUGAAGCCUGUGACCGUGGGACUCGGCGGGCACCCUUAGCGCCCCCCCAACCCGCAAAGGAACCCACUAACGGGCUCUGAAGCGAAGAGGGGGAAGUGGCGCGGUGCUGUGAGUCAAUUGCUUUUUCUGCGGAGCGAAGCCGCAUGGCCAUUGCCGGAGAGCGCUGCCUUUUUCCUGGGACAAUUUGGCAUCUAAAAUAACCACCCGUGAGUACUGGAACAUUGAACAUUUGGACUUUAAAUAAGAACUGGUGAAAUAGAAAGGAAUUUGGACUUAAAAAUUUACCUUAAUUUGGUACUGAAACGGGAAGGUCUAAACAGGAAGUCAGCCUUCCGUUUCCUUGUAGCCAGAAUAAAGCAAAGACAACAUAAACUAGAGCUUUAAAAAUCACUUUCAAAGGAUUGGCUUUCAUCAUUUAAAAUCGCUGAACCCCCCUUCGGCAGCAGGAGAAGAAGGGGAUCUUUUUGGGCUGUUUAAACCUGCAGAAGUGAGUUUAAAGCAAAGUAAUUUUCCACCGUCCUGAUCCUGGAGCGGGGUGUCAGAAUUGACGUUUGAAGCUCAUUGACCAGAAACAAAUGUCUUUGGCAGAUAGUUAAAAGAAGAGAAACAUAGUGAUUCCAUUGUUUCCUUUCGCAUUUUAAAAAGAACAAAUAUGGACAAAAUACCUUAAAAAAGAAACUUUGUUGCAUUGUUUUUAAAAGAAAGAACAACCAGAAGAUUUCCCCCUAGAGGGGGACUGUGAAAUUGUAACUAAUUCCUGGGAGCUUGCAGCUGCCAUAGAUUACAACCGUGGGAAAGGAUUUGUGACCUUGCAGGACAAUGUCUUCAGAAGCACUGUUGGGUGCUCUCUGCAAAAUAAAUGCCCUAUUGGAUCAGUUAAGCCAGAAGAUGGAUUUGAUGACUAAUGCGGCCAGAACCUUUGAACAGGUAGUGGGAAAUUAUAUGGAGCCCACCCAGGAGCUAAAACAGGAGUGUGCCAUGACAGAACAGUUGAGAGAAGAGGAUGCUGCUGAAUCUUGGGCGCCAGAGACGGAGGGAGCUGCGGCCCAGCAGGAACAUAAAUUUUUGGAUUUGAUAAAUGAACUUGGAAAAAACCAGACUUGGAAAGAUAAAGUUUGGUUUGGUUUGGAAAUGGGGGGUUGGACAGACCCCCCUAUACAGGGAGAUUUGGACUUUUCGAGUCUGGCAAUGGGCCGCCAGAUGUUUGGAGCUGUGGGGGCUCUUAAUUUUGGAGGGAAUCUGAAACAUGUUUUUAAAUACCACAUGGAGUCUAGUCUGGACUAUGGAAAAGGGGCUGAUUUGUUGAAAAGGGUCAAAAACAUUACCAAGCUGGAGUUCCCACGAAUGAAAGGAAAAUAUGAAGAAGAGCUGCGGAAGGGACAUGGAAGAGACUUGAGGGCUUCGGAUAUAAGAUUACCAGGUUAAUGUGCUAGAUUAAUAAGAUAAAAAGGACUGACAAAACCCGGGACCAGGAGGAAGGGACGCUGGAUGAAGAUUGGAUUGUUUAUUUCUCUUUUUUUAUCAUUAGGAUUGUUCUAUAAAAUUGAUGAAUGCUAGAAAAAUGUUGAAAUGAAAUUACUUGGCUCUUGUAAAAAUGUUUAAAGAAUUUGGUAAGAAUGUUAUGGCUAGGAGAAGUUGGUAAAAAUAAGAUUUAAGUUUUAAACUUUAAGGUUUUCUAUAAGAUAAGAUGAAAAUAGAUUAAGGUAAUGUAAUGACAGAAUACUAUGAAAUAUGGAAAGGAUUUGCUGUGAUUAUUAUUAAUCAGGAUACAAGAAAAGGGAGGAGGAGGAGGUCAAAGAAAGAAGGUAUUGAAAGUGGAGAACUUGAGAAUGAUGGUUUUAUUUUUUAUUUUUAUUUUUCUGUCUUGUCUUUUUUGUGUGUAAUUUUUUAAAAAUUCCCCCCCCCAAUAAAUAUCAUU